AUGUGCGUUCUAUCGUGGCUUAUCUUCGUCGCCGUUUACGGUGUUUUUCUUCGCCUGCUUCGUGAGCGCAAGGUGCCUCUUAUUGUGAUGCGUGUGUGGCACACGUUCCACUUGGUACUCUGUGUGAUCAUGAGCUGGAUUGGUGCUAUGGUGCUCCACCUGCUGGAGAAGGCGCAUCUCUUGGACAUCGCAACAAUGCAGUCGCUGACUCGUUGCGUGUGUGUGAUCACAUUCGGAUAUUGGCUGCGCUUUAAUAGUCCGCACAUUCGUGUGGAGCACUUGCCUGGAUCGCUGUUGUUAUCGUCCAUCACGGUGCAACACGACCUAUGCCUGUGCCACACGAGUUUCUUCGACACAAUCCUUUUCUUGUGGUGUGCCCCGUUCCGCUACAUCUACAAGGCGAAGUCGUUUGCCAAGGCGAGCCUGCUGAAGUUGCCCCUGUUCGGCACUGUGAUCGCUAUGUGUGGUCACUUUCUCGUUCACUUCGUUUCCACAGAGGCCACCUCUUUUUCAGUGAACAGGGAGAAGCAGAUGGCGGUCGCUGCGGAUGUGGAGGACUUCCUUAGCAAAGGCGGCUCCCUCUGCCUUUUCCCCGAGGGUAUUCUGAACCGCACGCCGGAGGUGCUCAAGGACUUCCGGCUCGGCAGCUUCAACACGAUUCUGAAGCACAAGUUACCCCUCUACUACUGUGUCACCUACGGCAACCACGAGGUGUGGUCACCGUCCUUGAAAGGCGUGCCGGGUUACCCGGCUGACAUUUACGUGUACAUAGGCAAGUACGAGUACGACGCGGACAAGGUGGACGCGCAGUCGCUCGCGUCGGGGCUGCGCGAGGAGAUGCAGAAGCACAUCAGCAAGAUGAUGUUGCUUCGGGAGAAGCGGGGGUACAAGCCGUGGUGCGUUGCUCCCCAUACGGACUAG